AUGGAGCAGGUACCUCGAUAUCAAGAGUUUCGGCACGAGCCUCUUCCUGAUUCGACAUCACACAUACGACUCCUUGAGAUUCUGGAGGGCGAACCCGGAAGGAGUGUUGUUUGCCAGCUGUUAGCCUGGCCCAUAGAGACUGCACCGUCAUACUACGCCAUCUCAUACACAUGGGGCGAGCCACGACCAACGUCAUUGAUCAUUGUCAAUGGCCGCUACACAGAAGUAGGGAUCAAUUGCGAAUACGUUAUGAGACAGGCCUAUAACUCUGGAGCGAGCAAAUACUUCUGGAUCGACGCCCUUUGCAUCGACCAAGCGAGCAGAAAAGAAAAGACUCAUCAAGUGGCCAUGAUGGGACGGCUUUACGAGAGGGCAACGCAUGUAUUUGCUUGCGUGGGA